UUUCUGGAGGCUUCCUGGGGCGCGUGGGGACGAGCGACCUGAGACACAGGUGGGCGGGGGAGAACGGAGAAGAAGAGGAGAUACCCGCUUGCUUUCCUCCUCUCUCCCUGUUCCGCUCCAGCCGGCGUCUGUACUCGCGCGCGCCUCCAGGGUCUCGCGUCGCUGUACUCGUACGUAGCGCGUGCGUGCGUGCGGGGGGAGGUAGACGUCUCCGGCGACGACGGCAUGGACGCCGGGGGAGAGAAGUGCGGCGACGCGGCGGCGGCCGGGGAGGGCGGCAGCGACCUCUACGCGGUACUCGGGCUCAAGAAGGAGUGCUCCGACGCCGAGCUCAAGGUCGCCUACCGAAAGCUCGCCAUGAGAUGGCACCCGGACAAAUGCUCCUCCUCCGGCAGCGUGAAGCACAUGGAGGAAGCCAAGGGGAAGUUCCAGGAGAUCCAGAGCGCCUAUUCCGUCCUCUCUGACGCCAACAAGCGGUUCCUCUACGACGUGGGAGUAUACGACAAUGAGGACAGUCUGCUAGGGAUGGGUGACUUCAUUGGUGAGAUGUCCCAGAUGAUGAGCCAGGCCCGGCCAACGAGGCAGGAAACCUUUGAGGAGCUGCAGCAGCUGUUUGUUGAUAUGUUCCAGUCUGAUCUUGACUCAGGGUUCUGCAAUGGGCCUACCAAGAGCCACCAAGUCCAGGGGCAAGGCCGAAGUAGAACAUCCUCAACGUCACCUUCAUCAUCACCAUCUCCGCCGCCUCCUAUAGUAAUGGAACCAGAGGUGCCAGCAUGUAACGGAUUCAAUAAGCGGGGUUCAUCAGCAAUGGACUCAAGGAAGCCUCCAAGACCUGUUGAAGCUGGCGCAGGGAAUCAGCAAUGUAAUGGCUUUUGUUUUGGGGGGGUCCCCAUCAAGUGGCUACAAAAAGCUCCACCACUGGAUGCAUCUUGGCACGAGGACUUAUCCAGAAGUGUCAUAGCUGAUAGGCAAGUCCGCCGGGCCACUUUCCUCGUAUAUAGCUAGUUGCAGGUAGAUUUUUUGUAUCUUUGUGAUGUGAUAUGUCUCAUGUUCAUGUCAUUUUGGGAGAUAACAAGGUUUCAACUUUCAAUGAGAUUGUUAUUUCCAAUUUGGCAUCUGAACAAGAUACAUGGAUCCCAAAUGUCAUUUUCUGCUUUACACAUCUCCCUUGGAUAAUUGGAUUGUUACAGUGUCUCGUGCCUUUGUUGACUGGUCUGCAUGCUUUAUUGGAACUUUUCCGCGCUCCUAGUAAUGCCUUAAAUUGCCAACCAGUUGGAUGCUUUAUGAUAGAGGACUUUUA